AUGAGUACACGGGGUUCUCACAGCAGCGAUGACUCGUACGACCAUGACUCCUAUGGCUCUUCGAGUACUGCUCCUAGUUCACUAAGCGGUGCCAUGGCAUCAGCCAAGGACUUUCGUUCCAGAGCACCCAGGCAAGACCCAGAGCGUGGUGGCGUAGACCUUUCACCAUCGACGAAUGUGUAUGCGCGGUCUUCUGUAGAGACUUAUUCUUCAUUGAACUCGACAGAUGACGUUGAUGAGAUGGGCCUGAACGAUGUGGUGGACGACACAGCAGUACCGCCCCUACGACCAUAUACGCAUGAUAUUGCAGACGCCAAUGUGCGACCUUCUUCGCCUGAAUACUUUGCCGAGCUCUUUCCGAGCAUGAACAGGCUCUCCAUCAGGCACGAUGAUUUCACCACGGAUGGAAAUAUGAAUCUGCGCGUCGACACUAUAGUGCCAGGGAGGAGGAGAAGGACCAUCCAGCUUUUCCACCUACGCAUGUAUGAUCUCAACAAGCGCGACUUUUCGUUGCGGAGGUAUUGUAGAGACUCGGGACGUGAAGUCUGCAAUUCGAAAAGAAAGUACACGGAACCAGCCAUGCAGAGCCGACCAAACUUGCAGCGGUCUGUAUCCAGCGCCAUGAAGUCCUUUGGUCGGCCUCAGCCCAGACGUGCUCCUACAUCCGGCUCUAUGCUGUCGACUUUGAGCAGGCCGGGCACGAGCUACUCCAACUCAACGACUGGUGAAGACUUUGGUGGUCUCUUUGACACAGAAUCCACGCCCGACAAGCAUCAGCGGGUUCUUCAGCAUGCCACAAACUCCAUCAAGCUUGAGUUCUCCAACUACGCACGAGUCGAUGUUGAACGCUGUGGGAGCAAAGGAUCGAAGCGCUACGAGUUCAGCUGGUGGGGUCACAAGUACGCAUGGAAGAGGGUCACAGACAAAUUGACUGGAGCCGUCUCCUUUCAUCUCUUCCGCGAUGGCUCCAACUCGACACCUGUGGCUCACAUUGUACCUGAGACUCGCUCACCGACCGAGGUGAGAGACGACAACAAGGCUGGUGGAUGGGUACCCCCAUGUCACAUGUGGUUGAGCGAUGAAGAACUCGUCACGGCCAUGACCGAUGUUGCAGAUGUCGUUGUCGCGACCGGGCUCAUGGCUCUUGUUGACGAUUGCAUCAAGCAACGAUGGGGUCCCAAAGCCAUACAAGCUCAGCGCAUCAGUCUACCCACGAGAUCCAAGACGGUGGAGUUUGACCAUGGUGCACCUAAAUCCUUUGUACAACAGCUUUUCUCACGUCGAAACUCGGAUCACGCACGGCCUCAGCGGAACACACAGCGCCAAUUUAUUCCUUAUUGA